UGUGCCCCCGUUACAGCAGUGCCAGAGGUGUAUGGAGAGCUCACGUUUACCGCUUCGCCCUGUGUGAGUCGAGGCUUUGCCACCUGAGCUUGUGAAUGACUGGCUACUCAGGUGCUGCCCCGUGUGUGUGACUUCUGCCUGUGCCACUCGUGUUGGUGUUUGUGUGACUGCACAGGUUUUGCCCCUUGGAGCAGUGACACCCCCCGCGUUUAUAUGCCCGCGGGGGUGACACACCUGGACCUCUUUCCCGUCUGUUUUGACUUCUGGACUAAGCCCUGACCCCAGCACAUAAAGCCCUCGCCGUUUGGAUUUAUCUCUGCCUCCCUUCUCCUGGAACAUGAAGCUCAGCCGUCAGAUCACAGUGCUAGGCAGUGCUGUCUUCUGUGUGGUGAUUUUCUCCCUCUACCUGAUGCUGGACAGGGGGCAGUUUGACCAACCCAAAGCCCCUCAUCGAGAUGGAGCGUUCCCCAAGGGUCAGCUCUCAAUGUUACAAGAAAAAAUUGAUCAUCUAGAACGUCUUUUAGCAGAAAAUAAUGAGAUCAUUACUAAUAUAAGAGAAACGGUAAUAAACCUUAGUGAAUCUGUAAAAGAUGGCCAGAAGAACCCAGAAGCCAUGAACGCCAGUAGUGGGUCAUUCUCUCGCCUUUUACCAUCGGCCCCUGCCCUCCUUCCAAUUAGUAACGAGGACUGUCAGUUUGCUUCUGCAAGUGGUAGCCAAAAAUCAAAUGUCCAGAUGCUGGAUGUAUAUGAUAUACUUCCAUUUGAUAAUCCAGAUGGUGGUGUUUGGAAGCAAGGUUUUGACAUAACGUAUGACGAACAUGAAUGGGAUAAUGAAAAACUUCAAGUUUUUGUUGUGCCACACUCCCAUAAUGACCCAGGUUGGGUGAAAACAUUUGAUGACUAUUUUCGAGACCAAACACAACAUAUUCUUAAUAACAUGGUUGUAAAGCUCCAGGAACAUAAAGAAAUGAAGUUUGUUUGGUCUGAGAUCUCAUAUUUUUCCAAAUGGUGGGAUGGUAUCGAUAACCAGAAAAAAGACGCAGUAAAGAGGUUAAUAGAACGUGAGAAGUUUGAGAUUGUAACAGGUGGUUGGGUGAUGCCCGACGAAGCUUCUCCUCACUAUUCUUCAAUGAUAGACCAACUCAUAGAAGGACAUCAGUGGCUGGAAAAAAACCUUGGGGUAAAACCAAAAUCUGGAUGGGCAGUUGAUCCGUUUGGCCACUCCCCAACGAUGGCUUACCUGCUUAAGCAAUCAGGACUGUCAAAUAUGGUUAUUCAGCGUGUACAUUAUUCAGUAAAGAAACAUUUUGCAGCAAAGAAAACUUUGGAGUUUUUUUGGAGGCAAAACUGGGAUUUGGGAAGUAGUACAGACAUUCUGUGCCAUAUGAUGCCUUUUUACAGCUAUGAUGUUCCUCACACUUGCGGACCUGAUCCAAAAGUAUGCUGUCAGUUUGAUUUUAAGCGCCUCCCUGGAAGCAGAGUGAGUUGCCCAUGGAGAGUACCUCCAGAGGCUAUCCAUCCAGGAAAUGUCCAACAUAGGGCAUGGAUGAUUUUAGAUCAGUACCGAAAGAAGUCAAAGCUCUUCCGCACAAAAGUGCUCUUAGUCCCUCUGGGCGAUGAUUUCCGUUAUAGCGAGAGCUCAGAAUGGGAUCAACAAUAUCAGAAUUAUCAAAAGCUAUUCGAUUACAUGAACUCUAACCCUGAGCUCAAUGUUAAGGCACAAUUUGGGACUGUAUCUGAUUAUUUCAAAGCACUUCGAAAAGCCAGCAAUAUUGAUAACAGUCCAUCGUUUUUUCCUGCCUUGGGUGGUGAUUUCUUUACCUAUGCAGACAGAGAUGAUCACUACUGGAGUGGUUAUUUUACCUCGCGACCUUUCUAUAAACGGCUUGAAAGAGUUAUGGAAUCCCACAUGAGAGCAGCAGAAAUCCUUUUCUCUUUAGCACUUGUACAGACUCAGAAAUCCAGCAAACUGAAGAGCUUUCCUUCUACAGAGCAUUACAAACUCCUAACAGAGGCUAGAAGAAACUUGGGACUAUUCCAACAUCAUGAUGCAAUCACUGGAACUGCAAAAGACUGGGUGGUGGUUGACUAUGGUACAAGACUUUUCCAUUCUCUUAUGAACCUGAAGAGGGUGAUCAUUGACACUGCUCAUGUUCUUAUCCUGAAGGAUAAAGAAAGGUACACCUACAACCCAUCAAUGCCAUUCUUCAGUAUGGAUGAUGUACAACCGUCACAAGAUGCAUUACCCCAAAAGACAGUAAUAAAGAUAACAAGGCAUCCAAGGUACUUGACUGUUUUUAACCCCUCGGAACAAGAACGUUUUGCUGUGGUUUCUGUGUAUGUAAAUUCACCCAAAACAGAAGUUCGAAAUUCUGCUGGAAAGCCUCUGAAAUCCCAAUCUAGUGCAGUUUGGGAUGGAGCUUCUUCUGUGUUACGAGACACAUAUCAGGUUUCCUUUCUCGCUCACUUACCCGCUCUUGGCAUGACGGUCUACCAGCUAGUGGAAACUGAAAGCUCAGAAGCUAUCAAGGCAGAGUAUACCGUCUUUUCUAGAGGAAGAAGCAACAAAGUCAUUGCCGAUGGAGUCUUUCAGAUAACAGAGUUAGACAAUAUCGUUGAUGAUUUAACCAUUGAAAAUUCAUUCUUAAAGCUGUGGUUUUCUGGGACAUCUGGACUCCUGGAGAAAAUAAUGACAAAGGUUAAUGGAAAAACUCACCAAGUUAAAGUACAAUUUAUGUGGUAUGGAACUACAAACAACAGAGAUAAGAGUGGAGCCUACCUCUUCCUUCCUGAUGGUGAAGCAAAGCCCUAUAUUUCUGCUAAUCCACCAAUUAUCAGAGUCGGUUAUGGGAGCCUUUUCAAUGAAGUUGUUUGUUUCUUCAGUCAUGUGACACACACAGUACGACUUUACAAUGUACAAGGUCUUGACGGACAAUCUCCAGAAAUAUCAAAUGUAGUGGAUAUCAGAGGAGAAUUCAAUCGUGAGAUUGUGAUGAGGAUAAGUUCAGACAUAAACAGUCAAAACAGGUUUUACAGUGAUCUAAAUGGAUUCCAGAUUCAACCAAGACAAACCUUAAGCAAAUUACCCCUUCAAGCCAACAUAUACCCAAUGACUACAAUGGCUUAUGUUCAAGAUAAUGAAGGCCGACUGACACUUCAUUCAGCGCAGUCUCUUGGUGUUGCCAGCUUAAAGAGUGGUCAGCUAGACGUUGUCAUGGACCGGCGACUGAUGCAGGAUGAUAACCGUGGUCUUGGGCAAGGUCUUCAAGAUAACAAAAUCACAUCUAAUUUGUUCAGACUUCUUCUAGAGCAAAGAACUGGAGUAGAUGAGAAAGAAGAAGAAAAAACGGUCAGUUAUCCGUCUCUUCUGAGCCACGUCACAUCAACCUUCCUAAACCUCCCUGUAAUCCCGAUGGCAGUGACUGCUGAUCUCGAUGUUCCUGCAUUACUGGAUGGUUUCUACGCUUUCACAACACAGAUGCCUUGUGAUGUCAACUUAAUAAACUUAAGGACAAUCCAAUCAAAGGUGGGAUUUUUUCCAUCGGAUGAAGCAGCUCUUCUUCUUCAUAGGAAAGGUUUUGACUGCAAAUUCUCAAAUAAAGACCUUGGACUGUUCUGUUCAACAACUCAGGGAAAGGUUCCAAUUUACCAACUUUUCAAUGGAUUUAAAGUUGAAAGCCUAAUACCUUCAACAUUAUCCUUGAUGCAUCCAUCUUCAGAUGGUAGAAACAUAAGUGAAAUCAACAUGAAACCUAUGGAUAUAAGUACAUUCCGAAUUAAAUUAAAAUGAUCGCUGCUAUAGACAACAAUUACAUCUCCUCUGACAUGCAAUAAAGAAGCACAUUGUGAGCCCAGUUUCUGGACACUGUGAGGAUAUGCAUUCUGUUUGUUUCCUUUUUUUGGCAGACCAAAACCUCCAUGGAAAAAAAUGGUUAAGGAAGCCAUGUUUAACAUGGGCUUUAAUUCCAUAGGCCAUGUCUAAGAAAUGUUGCCACUGCUUUUGUAAGAUGUCUUUCGAAUAUUUUUGAAAUCUCAGGUUAAGUGUGUUAAUUUUGUGUUGUCAUUUUGUGUUGAUUCAUUAACUUCUACAAAAGUCACUAUAGAAGAAAUAUAAAAAAUAUAUAUUUGAAGGUAAGCAAGAACUUGAUUAACAGCUAGGGGCCAAAUAGUUAAAACCAUUAAAAGCAAAUGGUUUCCCAUGUACUUCCUAUGAUGAAGAGUUGAAUACAAAAUUAAGUGCAAUUUGCAUAUUUUUUAAACUUGUAGUAUUACCAAGCAGCAGUUGGGGUGUGCAACAAAUUGUUUUGCGGUUCACCUCUCAGACACACAAUUGGUUUAUUCCCAAAAUCAGUCUCCUAACGUGUUGUAUUUUUGUGCUUUUUGUUCAGUUUGGGAAAUGUGCAAUUGUUCCAUCACUUUAAAAAAAAAAUGGAGGUUAGUAGAUAAUCAUAUACAGUAAAAAAGGAUAAUGGUUAUUCCUUGUUUUCAAAAAUAACCAUACAAAAAAGUGCCUUACAAUUUUCUUUUAAUUAUUUAAUGUUCUUGGGGGUUUCUUUAUAUCCAGACUUGACAUCUCCAACAGCCACCUUUAUGUCCUAAGGUAACAAUGAAUCCAGUGAAUCCAUAAAGCUUGACUUGCUGAAUGUACACGUUUAUUCAAAGAUCAUCUUGGAGACUGCAUUUUAUAGAAUACACUUUUUUGAUGCCAA